AUGCCUAACUGUAACUUUAGCUUUAAAACUAAGGCUAGAAGAUUUCAAGCUAGCAAGGCCAAUAAUAGUCUAAGUUAUACUAUAACUUCUAUAGACUCUAAGAGCUACCUAGGCAUUAUAGGCUUUAAGGCUCUAGAUAGUGCACAUACUGGUGUAUAUCUUAAAAAAGAAAAAGUCUUAAAGGCAAAUACUAAAAGGGAGUUAAAUUACCAUAAAGAACAGCAAAAGCCUAUAGUAGGAGACUUAAGCUUAUUUACCUUCUUGGCUAGAGAUUUAUCUAAGCCUAGAGAAAGGCCUAUAGGAAACAAAGCAAAUUCUUUAGAGUGGUAG